AUGGCCGAGAUGCCGCUCUCCAUCAGCCAUGACUGGCACGUAUGGGGUCUAGGCACGUCACUCGCAUCGCCGUCGCAUGGCCUCGACGAAACACCAACCACGACGCAGACGGCUCCGAGGCUCGGCGACGAAGCCACAGGAGUGGCACGACAGAAGGGACACGGGUUGCUCGUCGUGGGAAGCUAUCGCUGCAUGACACGCCAGAGCUUGUUGGUGCACAAGCCGACGCAAAUGUAA